AUGCUGUGCGCAAUCUCCGGAGAAGCUCCCCAGGUGCCCGUAGCCUCGCGCAAAAGUGGGAACGUCUUCGAAAAGCGCCUAAUCGAGGCCCACCUCGCCGAACACCACACCGAUCCCGUCACAGGCGAAGACCUCUCCGUCGAGGACCUCAUCGAGCUCAAGUCGCCGCGAAUCGUGAACCCCCGACCCCCGAAUCUCACCUCGAUACCUUCACUGUUGAGCGCGUUCCAGAAUGAGUGGGAUGCUAUUGUGCUGGAGACAUUCACGCUAAAGCAGCAGCUGGCGCAGACGCGGCAGGAGCUUAGCACGGCGCUGUAUCAGAACGAUGCGGCGACGCGUGUUAUUGCGAGGUUGACGCGCGAGAGAGAUGAGGCGCGAGAGGCACUGUCGAAUGUGACGGUGACUGGAAAGGGCGCGGCUGCCAAUGGGGAUGCGAUGCAGGUUGAUGGCCAGGCCCUGCCGGAGGAGCUUGCAACCAUGGUCGAUGAGACGCAGCAACAGCUAUUCGCGACUCGGCGCAAGCGACCUAUUCCUGAAGGCUGGGCUACAGGCGACGACAUCACAGCAUUCGACGUUACUACGUCAAGCGAGCCUCUCUAUCCGGGCAGCAGCGCAGUUUCCGUCGACCAGACUGGCGGCCUUGCCUUAUUUGGAGGAACAGACGGCGUUGCCAGCGUCUACUCGAUAUCACAGCAAAAGGUGGUUCAUACUCUGAAGUGUGGAGCUCCAGUGACCACGGCGACGUGGUGGGAAUCCAAAGCCGUUGUUGCGACAUCGGCUGGCGUAGUUAAGAUAUUCGAAAAUGGAGAGGAGCUUGCGCAGAUGGGAUCACAUGCUGGGGCCGUAACGUCGAUAUCGCUUCAUCCAAGCGGAGCUAUCCUGGCAUCAGCCGGAGCGGACAAGCGGUUUAUGUUCUACGAUCUUUCGACCUUCGAAUCGGUCUCGCAGGUCUACACGGAAGCAGAGAUUACCUGCUGCGCCUUCCAUGUGGACGGCAUGCUCUUCUUCACCGGCGGUCUCGACGGCAACAUCCGCAUCUUCGACGUCAAGACCGGCGCAUCCAUGGCUGUCCUAGAGACUAGCGGCCCCGUCCGCGCCAUCUCGUUCUCGGAAAAUGGAACCUGGUUUGCGGUAGCGGAGAAGGGCUCGAACAGCGUGUCGGUGUGGGAUCUACGAAAGCAGGCGCCCAUCAAGGUGCUUGACGUUGGUGGUCCGAUCGACAGCAUUCACUGGGACUACACUGGUCAGUUCCUGGCGACCGCCGGGCCUGGAAGCGUGUCUGUGCAACAGUACACCAAGGCUUCGAAGAGCUGGUCGGAGCCUGUGCGGAAAGCGGUGCCUGCAAGGGACGUUGCUUGGGGUGCGAGUGCCUUGUCCCUGGUUGCGCUAACUCCGGAGGGUGGACUGAGCGUCUUGAGCGCAGCAUGA